GCAGUGUCCUCACCACGGCUGGUUUUUACCGGCCGUCUUCUCUUGCCGCCACCGUCAUCUUCAGUGUGGGCACCCGGCUGUGACAGUUUGCGGCUUCACAGCUGGGUGCCCACUGCGCAUGCGCGAGUAGCGCUGCACUUUGUGAAUGGUCCCGUAGUCUUCUGGGACCUGUCACGUGUCCCAGAAGACUACGGGGAGGGAGGGGGGAGGAUGACUUCCGCUUCAGAUUGCCUUAGGUGAUCAGUGGGAGUGGGUACCUAUCAAAUUCGGGUACCCGCUUCCCAAAGGUGCCAAUC